AUGGCUGACGAAGGUCACAUGUCUCCAUGCUUCAUCCAAUAUCCUGCUCCCAAAACAUAUGACAUCCCUCAUAAGGUUCCUGUACCAGCCCAAAACCCAGUCGUUAAGGGGGUGGCACUUCCUCUUUUGAGUUCUGUUGUCACCUCGAUCCCCUUCGUGUCAUCUCUCCUGUAUGCCAAUGCCGGCUUCUCCUCUUUGCGAAAAGUCAAGGAGCUCGACGAUAUUGAACCACGCUAUGAUCCAGCUGUCAUUCCAGCUUCAGGACCAGGAGGGGAGCCUUACUCUACGUUGGGAAUCGAGGAUGCCUACCAACGAGCAGAAGGCGAUGGCUUUCACACCAUAGGCGAUUUCUACGAUCAAUACAAGCACGGAACGCUCACACCAACGGAUGUCAUUGAGACACUACUCCCAUUGAUACGAAGGGAUGUACAGAAUCGGACUCCACACUCUACAGCUUUUGUGGACUCAAAAGCGGAUCUUGUGCGGCGCGCUGCGGAAGAAAGCACAAGGAGAUGGAAAGAGAACAGGCCGCUGGGGUUGCUGGAUGGUGUGCCUUUUGCGGUCAAGGACGAGAUGGAUGUGAAGGGUUACAGGCGAUAUGUGGGAACAAAGAAAGACUUCACAGAUGGGGAAGAGGUGGAGACCAGUUGGUGCGUGAAGAAGUUGGAGGAACAAGGAGCUAUAAUCGUUGGCAAAUGCAAUAUGCAUGAGGUUGGUCUGGAUGUCACCAAUAACAACCCCAUCUGGGGUACACCGAGAAAUCCGUACAACGAACGGUACUAUACUGGAGGGUCUUCUGGAGGGUCGGCAUAUGCUGUUGCUUCCGGUAUUGUUCCCUUUGCGAUCGGGGCAGAUGGAGGUGGUUCCAUCCGCAUCCCGUCUAAUUUUUGCGGACUUUAUGGUCUUAAACCUUCACAUGGACGAGUGUCUAUUGCGCCUACUGCUUGCAUGACCAACACCACGACUGUUCAGGGCCCACUGGCCGCCAACAUGGCCAGUCUCGCCGUCUCUUUCCGCGUGCUUGCCCAGCCAGACCCCGCGAAUCCAGUCUCAAGCCAGUUUGCGGUGUUAAAGGAACCCUCCAGCUCCCGGAUAAAGAAACUCGGCAUUUGCAAGUCGUGGUUCGACCGAGCGGACCCUAUCGUCCAAGAACAUUGUCACUCAUCCCUUCGCUAUAUGACCACCGAGCUCGGCUACGAGUUGAUCGACAUAACGCUGCCAAUGCUACACGAAGGCCAAUUAGCACAUGCCAUGACGAUCCUUUGCGAAGCAGCCACAGCGUAUCCAGAUAUCAGCUUCCUCACCCCGGCAAAUAAGAUCCUGCUCAAGGUUGCGCAGCAAACCCCCGCUACCGAUCUUCUUCUCGCCCAACGAGUCCGUAACCUGAUCAUGCAGCAUUUGGCCUAUCUUUUCAAGCAGUAUCCCGGUCUGAUAAUCGUCACUCCCACGACUCCCAAUGCCGGAUGGCCCAUCAAUGAGGCGGAGAUUAGCCAUGGGUUUACCGAUGGGAACACCCAGAUGCGAACGAUGGAGUAUGUGUGGCUGGCCAACUUCACGGGCUUGCCGUGUAUCCAGUUUCCCGUGGGGUACGCUGAGCCCAAGCAUGGGGAGGGCAAAGUACCGCUAGGUAUGAUGGGGCAUGGUGAAUGGGGAAGUGAGGAAGAGCUGAUUGCUUUUGGCUUUGAUGGGGAGACGUGGUUGCAUAAAGGGUACAAGGAGGGGCGGAGAAUGCCUGCUCGGUGGGUCGAUGUUUUGAAGGAUGCCGGAAAGAGGUAAUAGAGUACCGUGGAAGUUAGGGUACCAGAGUGUGAUAUAGUUAUACGUAGUAGGAUAUUUCUAGCGGCGUUAUAAGGUUAGGAUAGUCGAGACUUCUACAAGUAUCGUCAAUCCGCUACACAGUACUUAUCUACUACCUAGCCUACUAUUUACAGCAGAGCUCACCGUUACUAGGAGAAACGGGAAAUUGUUGUAUAGAACUAAGGGUCGAGAAGAUACUAGGCGAGAUGCACCUUUGUUCUCCAAGC